AUGGCCUCUGGCACAGCAUUUCGAUGCAAGAUCCCGAACGAGAGGGUUCUUUCUUCUCAAGAUUUGAAUCCUAAUCACGCCAAGAAAAGCAAAGCCCCACGAAAGAUGGCAACUGAAGUUAACUUGAUGCCGGCGCUUUUGUUCGACCUACUUCCCAUCGAAGUAUUACACAUGAUCCUCAUGAACCUUGACAUACUCAGCAUCAAGAAUUUCCGACGCGCCAACAAAACAGGAAGACUCGUAGUGGAAUCGCUGUCUGCAUACUCCCUGUUGAGGACUCACGCCUCCACCACGUUGCGCAUCAUAGACACCGUCAAGUACUCUCAACAUUGCCCUAUCGGUCAGCUCUUUGCGGAAUUCUGCCAUCCCUGGUGUCGAACGUGUGGCGAUUUCGGACCCUUCCUCUACCUCUUGAGACUGAGACGCUCUUGCUAUAAGUGCAAUUUCUUCGGAGAAGAGUACGCCGUGGCACGAACCACAGAUCUCCGCUUAUACUAUGGAUUGCCCCGACAGCAACUUCUACCGCUGCCAAUGAUCCAUAGUCUUAAACCAGGUAAAUAUUGCAUAGCCGAUGUUGUUCAAGCAAAGGCCUCUGGUAUGCGGCUCCAUGGAAGCGAGGAGAAUAUGAAGCGGAUAUUAGAGGAUACCAUGAAGAGACGCAAGGUGGAGCUCGACGCUCGGCUGGGGAGAUGGGGGAGGGAAGGCUACGGCCAAAAGCCCCGACCAGCAUCUACUGUGGGAAUAUAUUACAUUGAAAAUGGGGGGAACCAAGACUUGAGAAUGCAGGCGACGGUCACUUUUCCAUACUGGGAUCCCAAGACACAGAGACUGGAGCCAGGCGUCUAUUGCCGGGCCUGUACUUAUCGCUCGGAAGAAGUACUGAUGGAUACUUUGUAUUCAUAUAAAGAUACUCCAAGUCAAACGGCAUAUCACCGAGCAUUCUUAGAACGCGACAUUCCCGAGCAUUUUCGCACUUGCUCGGCGGUAAAGGAGGAGUACGAGUUUCAGGACCUUGAUCCAUAUCGUGAAUUGAAUUUCAAGAGAGAUGGGGUUGAUUUCGUUGUUGAACCUAAGGAGAGUACUGAUAUCUGA